AUGCCAUUCUAUGCUCCAGACUGGGUGCCCAAGCUCCCUCUUGACGACAUACCAGACUCGAUCCCAAUAAACAAGUUUAUGCUGGAUGAGAACUAUGGACGUCAUCCUCUGGGUUACUCUCGGCCGCCAUUCGCCUGUGGGCUCACAGGUAAACAGUAUAGUGCCUUGGAAGUCAAGGAGAGAGUCGAAUUCCUGGCGAGAGGAUUGAGUAAAGAGCUGGGCUUCCUUCCGAACCAGGGAUCGGAAUGGGACAAGGUCGUUGGCCUUUUCUGCGUCAACACCAUUGACACUUUGACACUCGCGUGGGCCACCCAUCGCCUUGGUGGCAUCCAAUCUCCAGCCAAUGCAGCUUACACCGUCCAGGAGCUAGAGCAUCAGCUUCGCGACUCUGGCGCCAAAUGUCUCUUCACUUGUUUGCCGCUGCUUGACCUGGCAUUGCAAGCAUCAAAGACUGUGGGCAUUCCUGAGAGUCGCAUCUACUUGCUCGACGUGCCCGACGCUGUGGUUGACAAGCAAAGAGACGGGUACAAGACGCUCAAUCAGUUGAUUGACGAAGGGAAAAAAUUGGCCAAGCUGGAGGAGUUGAACUGGUCCAAGGGUGAGGGUGCUUCGAGGACCGCAUUCCUAUGCUACUCGAGUGGAACGUCGGGCCUUCCAAAAGGAGUCAUGAUCAGUCACAAGAACGUCAUUGCCAAUGUCCUACAAAUGGCGACAUUUGAAGGCCCCUGGAGAAAAUCGCUGAUCGAGCCUGGCAACCAAUCAGAUUACACCGAGAAUGUUCUUGGACUGUUACCGCUCAACCAUAUAUAUGCUCUGGUAGUCAUCGCACAUUUGGGAGUCUAUCGUGGCGAUGGUGUCAUCGUUUUGCCGAAGUUCGAGUUCAAGAGCUUCCUUGAAGCGAUCCAGAAGUACAAGAUCGCUUGUCUUUAUCUUGUGCCGCCAAUUAUCAUCACAAUGACCAAAUCGCGAGAUGUGGUAAAGCAAUAUGACCUCUCUUCUGUCAAGAGUAUCUUUACCGGAGCAGCGCCACUGGGCGAAGAAACAGCAGAGGAUCUGCAGUCUAUGUUCCCAAGUUGGGCCAUUCGACAAGGAUAUGGACUGACCGAGAGCUCAACCGUUAUAUGCUCAACGAUCCCAAAUGACGUGUAUUUUGGUUCGUCUGGAAGUCUGAUGCCAGGUAUCGAAGCGCGUAUUGUCACGCCCGAAGGUGAGGAAGUGACAAAGUAUGACACGCCUGGUGAAUUGUGGGUCAAAGGACCAGCAAUCGUUCUCGGCUAUCUGAACAACCCAAAGGCCACCAAAGAGACGUUCGUGGAUGGUUAUCUGAAGACUGGAGACGAGGCCGUCGUUAGAAAGCAUCCAAAGUCUGGCCAUGAGCACAUCUUCAUUGUGGAUAGACUGAAAGAAUUGAUCAAGGUCAAGGGAUUGCAAGUGGCUCCUGCGGAGCUUGAGGCUCAUCUUCUGACCCAUCCUUCGGUCAAUGAUUGCGUCGUUAUUGGUGUGCCUUCCGAUCGUGAAGGAGAAGUACCCAAGGCAUUCGUUGUCAAAUCACCAUCCGUCGGGCUCGAAGAAUCUGAUAAAAUGGUUGCUAGGGACAUAGCUCGUCAUGUGGAAGAGCACAAGGCGAAGCACAAGUGGCUGAAAGGUGGAAUUGAGUUCAUCGAUGUUGUACCAAAGUCACCAUCGGGAAAGAUCCUGCGUCGUCUUUUGAGAGAUCAGGAGAAGGAGAAGAGAAGAAAACAGGGAUCGAAGCUGUAA